CUCUGCCCUCUGCCCUCCCGAAAGAAACCAAUAACUUCCUCCCUUUCUUAUCUGAACUGGGGUUUUCAUCAUUCAAAUGCCACGCUCCGAACAUCAAUUUGAGCCACGUUAUCUGCAUCUCAUGGCUAGGCCCCACCACCGUUCCGAUGCCUCUGCGCUCUUAAUAACCCCCGCGAUCUUCUUGCCUUCUGGUUCAACUCCCUUUCCCUCAAUUCCUCCGUCGCUUUUUCUCAUACGCAGACAGUUUCAUCUCACUCAGUUAACAUCCCAACUUCAAUAACGCACUCUUGAUUCAUAUUCCUUCUUUCGACGAUACAGGAAUUAGAAUUAAUCCCUCCGAGAUUCUGCUCUUUUCAGGUGUCUCAACCUAUCUAAGCUGUUCUUCCAGGAAAAUUUUCUGAUGGGAGGCGCUUGUUCUUUGAAGAGAGAUUAUAGUGCUGAUGGAUAUGGACUCCAUAGAGGCAUUUCCGGCAUGUACUUCAAAUGUGGAUAUUCGAAAGAGCGAAGGGCCUCGGUUCACUCAAAUUCUGGUUGCCCCCCACAAGGAGGUAGCUGUCCAUCGCUCAUGGAACUUUGCAUAUACAAGAUACGCCAGGAAAUUCACAAAUAUACUUCAUUCUAUAUGCUGCCAAGAGAUAUAAGCCAGUUGAUAUUUAAUGAUCUGGCUUCCUGCCACGCUCUUUCAGAUUGUUCUAUUAAAGCUUUCAGAGACUGUGCUCUGCAGGAUAUAUGCCUGGCAGAUUAUCCAGGAGUGAAAGACAGUUGGAUGGAUGUCAUUACUUCACAAGGAUCAUCUUUACUUACCAUUCAGCUUUCAAGUCCUGGUCUUACAGAUGUAGGCUUGGCUCAGCUUAAGAAUUGCUCAAACCUCCAAGCACUGUUGUUUGAUCGUUUUGAUAAUGUCUCUGAACAUGGCCUAAAGCAACUUGAUGGUUGUCUUUCAAACUUGGCAUAUUUGGGUUUUAUCAAAAGCAAUGCCCUUACCCGUGAAGGAAUGCAGGCUUUAUCCAGCCUGUUUAAUUUGGAAAAGUUGGAUUUUGAUAGGUGCCCUAGGAUUCAUGGUGGACUUGUGCAUCUAAAAGGUCUGACAAAGCUGAAGUCUCUUAAGAUCAGGUGUUGUAAAUGCAUUACAGAUUCCGACAUGGAGUCUCUUGCAGGGCUUAUAAAUUUGAAGGAAUUACAGAUUUCAUCUGUUAACAUUACGAACAUUGGAGUUUCAUAUUUGGAAGGUUUAAGCAAUCUCAUCUCACUCACUGUGGAAGGAUGCAAUGUUACUGCAUCAUGUUUGGAUCCAAUUUCAGCUCUUAUUUCGCUGCAGCAUUUGGAUCUGAAUAGGUGUUCUCUUUCUGAUGAUGGAUUUGACAUAAUUUCAGCAUUCAGACAUUUGAAGGUGUUGAAUUUGGGGUUCAAUGAUGUUACAGAUGCAUGUCUAGUGCAUCUGAAAGGUCUAACAAGAUUGGAAAGUCUAAAUCUGGAUUCCACACGUGUUGGUGAUGGCGGACUUGCUAACUUAGUUGGGCUACAAGGUUUAAGAAAGCUUCACCUGUCAGAUACUGAAGUUGGUAGUGAAGGGCUUCGCCAUCUAUCUGGUCUGACCAACUUGGAGGAAAUCAAUCUGUCAUUUACAUCAGUAACUGAUGGUGGGUUGGAAAAGUUAUCCCAGUUGACAAAUCUCAAAUCACUGAAUUUGGACGCUCCCCAAAUUACUGACCAUGGUCUGGAAAUGCUUACAGGUUUGACUGAAGUGACCCACUUGGAUCUGUUUGGAGCUCAUAUUUCAGACUCUGGAGUAAACUGCUUGUCAUAUUUCAAAAACCUGCAAUCUCUCGACUUAUGUGGUGGAAAGUUGACGGAUGCUGGAGUGAAGAAUAUCAAAUAUCUUACCUCCCUGAUGAUUUUGAACCUGUCACAAAAUCUCGACCUUACCGAUACAGCUUUGAAGUUUAUCUCUGGGCUGGUUGCGCUGGAAUGUCUGAAUGUGUCGUAUUCACGCAUCACGAAUGAGGGUCUGGAGUAUCUGAAGCCUCUGAAGAAUUUGAGUUCAUUGUAUUUGGACUUCUGCAAUGUGACCGGAUCAGGAAUCAGAAAGCUUCAGUCCAAGUUCCUCCCAAGUCUCGUAAGGUUCCGGCCCGAGUGCUAGACACAAAAAUGGUCAGGUCAGGUCAGGUAUUACGAGCCGUUUGGCUGCCUGCUAUUUGCUGUGUAAAUACUCUAGCUAAGCUAAGCUAGCAGUCGGGAGGGUGUUUUGAAGAUUUAACAAGAAAGGGAAGAACGUUGUGGGUAUAAAUGGGGGUUGUAAAUACUAAACAGUUGUUGUUCCAUGGGAUGGAUGAUAAUAAUGAAGUAUUUUUUUUUUUU